AUGCCCCCGGCAUCUCCCCCAGCUACCUCGUCCCGCUCGGGCUUGCUCGCGUCACCAAAAGUGUCCUCGCGCCCCAGAUCAGCAAUCACGCCCCGCGCAAACUUACAGCUCGCAACGCCCAAACCACCACUCGCAGCACACAAGGACAACAAUGUCCCCGACUCACCGUCAGUCUUGAGCCCAGUACAGGGCUCGUCGGCAAAGAUCAAGAUUAAGAGCGCUACCACACCGGAGGCGCGCUCGCGCCCGCUGCUCGUCAAGCCGCGCGGCGUGGGCCCGCCACCCCGCAUGCGCAAGCUCGUGCCCGGUGCCGGAGGGGCGUACGGCGCCGAGGAAGACGACGAGCGCGCGGCGUGGAAUAACCCCGGCGGACUGGCGUACUCGCACGUCCUGGACCAGAUGGAGGCCAGCAGCAUGCUCGCGCCGUCCGAGGCUGUCCUGGUAUCUGUCCGUGUGCGCCCGCACAACGCGGCCGAGCUGCGCGCCGACACGGCCUCGGCGUGGGUCACGCCGUCGUAUGACCAGCGCAUGAUCAAGCUCGCCAAGGGAAGGGACGGGAACCGCGACGACAGAGAAUGGAUUUUCGACAAGAUUCUGCCUCCUGAUACCGACAAUGCUCGAGCGUACGCCACCUCGGCAAGGGCUCAUGUGCGAUCUGCAAUGGAGGGCUUCAACGCCGUCAUCUUUGCAUACGGCCAGACGGCUUCGGGCAAGACGCAUACCCUGACUGGCCAGCCCGACACGCCUGGCAUCAUCCCUCUAGCCAUUUCCGACCUCUUUGGCCAGAUCCGUUCGACACCCGAUCGCGAAUUCCUGCUACGUGCGUCUUACCUCGAACUUUAUAACGAGGCUAUCAUCGACCUGCUGUCGCCAGAGGUCGGCAAGGAGCUUUCGCUUUCCGAAGGAAGGAAGAAGGGCGAGGUCGUCAUCAACGGGCUCACGGAAUGUGCUGUCCGAACGGAGGAAGAGAUCCGUCGAUUGCUUCGCAUGGGCGAGGAGAGGCGCAAAGUUGGCGGCACCGACUGGAACCAGCGCUCGUCACGCAGUCACUGUGUGUUCCGCAUCGUUAUCGAGUCGCGUACCGUCGCCGACGGAACUCGUACGCCCGGCCGUGACAAGACGACUCGCAUCAGUACCUUGUCCAUCAUUGACUUGGCGGGUUCCGAAAAGCACACUAGCUCGAAAGAGCGCAACGCAGAAGGCCGCCACAUCAACCAGUCCCUCCUUACCCUCAAGCUGGUAAUCUCCAAGCUUGCGGACAUGGCGUCGAAACGUAACGUCAUGCACGUUCCGUACCGCGACAGCAAGCUUACUCGUCUCCUGCAACCUUCCCUUUCGGGCGAUGCCCUGAUCUCCGUUAUCUGCACCAUCUCGCCGUCGCCUGUCAACAUGGCAGAGUCAAUCUCGACGCUGUCGUUUGCACAGGGCUUGAAACGCGUGCUGCUUUCGGCUCAGCGCAAGGAGGUUGUCGACCCCGAGGCGCUCAUCCAGCAGUACCAGAACGAGAUUGCUGGUCUCAGGGCAUUGCUGCAGGAGAAGGAGCAGCACCCGUCGUCCGCGCCAAGCAAGGGCGGCGAGAAGUCGAACGCUGAGAUGGAGAACCGCCUCAACGAGCUGAAGAGCUUGAUCCUCACCUCGACAACAAUCGGUGACGGCGACGCAGAGGCUGGCCUCCGGCCAUUGAGCCCGUCACGGCUCAAGUACCCUCAGCUCGACUUUGACAAGACGUCAGUGGCACUUCGCGAGGAGCUGCACGCCGCCGAGUUGCGAGUGUCCGAGCAAGAGGAGGAGAUUGCCCGUCUCAAGGCCGAGCUCGAGGUCCGCCCCUUGAACCCUGACCAGAGGUGCAUCGAGCUCCAAGACGAGGUCAACCAGCUGCGCAUGAUCGCCGCCGACUACGAGCGUCACCUGCGUGAGCCAUCACGCAAGGUGCGCGAGGACGUGGAUCGCGAGUGGGCGGGCAAGUACUCGAAGCUCGAGUCGCAGCUCGAGAGCAAGACGAUCUGGGCCAACCGUCUCGACGAGAACGUGCGGCAUGUGACCGCGCAAAAGCGCAUCCUCGACGCGCGGUGCAAGGACGCCGAGGCCAAGCUGCUGGCCGUGUUCGAGUGGGUCAACGCGGCGUUAUCAGAAACCGACCCCGCCGACGACGACUACGACGACGACGAUGACGACUCGGACGACUUGCCGGCGCUGGGCGGCGGGCCGAAGCGCAACCCUAGAAUCUCGACGGACAACGACUUUGGCCCCAACGUCACUGCCGAGAAGCUCGCGACGCUGACGCUCAACGCAUCGCGUAUGCGCCGCAGCGGCAUCAGCAACCGCGAUCUUCAGUCCGAGUUCCAGGACUGGUUCAAGGACAGCUUAAGCCGGCCGGGGCCACCAAAGGGCAAGCUGCUGCGUGACGAGAGCGUGCCCGUCCUCGCGUCAAUCGACGACAGCGACGACAUGUUCUAG